AUGCAAGAUCUGGCGUCUGAGAGGGAUCAAACGCCAUGGCAGUCUAGGACUGGAGAGCUUCAGGCUGAAGAAGCCCAAAAGAAAAAUCUACUAUCAGAUGGUAUAGUUUGCACCAAGAGUUUUCUUUUCAUUCCGAAGCUCACAGGUCAUUUUCCAGACAACACGAGCCCUUACAAAAUCUCCCUUUCCACUUUGAAUGGAGCUACCUCAGCAGAGGAAUCAUCACAGAAUGAUCCCUACGGGGAAAGUUCAAAUACUUACCAGUUGGAUAAUAUAUUUAACGGUGGAUUGCAGCGCUCCGUUAUUCCUCACGAAAAUGCCGAGGACGUCAGUAUUGUGGCUGCAAGGUCAGGACCGGAAUCAACGGAUUGGAUAGAUGAAUUCUGCGAAGAUUACAAAUGCACACCUUACGUCUACUCCCUAGACGAGCACCCCGAUGACGAAUUCCUUGUCCCAUAUUCUAGAAAAGGCCACGAAGCAAGCGCAUACCUCAGCUACAUCAUCGACAACUAUGAUAACCUCGCACCUUAUACAAUCUUCAUACACGGCCGAGAAGAGCAAUGGCACAACGACGUUGGAGGACCAAACACCCCAAAUGUGCUCGAAAACCUCCGCUACGAAGCUGUCAGCAUAAACGGCUACGUAAAUCUACGAUGCACAAACAGACCCGGCUGUCCAAGCACAAUAUUCCAAGAACAUCCCGUAACAAUUGAUUGGGACUACCAGUAUAUGAUCAAUCAACUACCCGAGCUUCUUGGCUAUCUCCUUGGAAUUGACCCUAGCGAAGCACCGACUGAUAUCGGCCAUCAGUGCUGCGCACAAUUUGCCGUGACUAGGGAGCGAAUUCAAGAACGUCCUCAAAGUGAUUAUAUUCGCAUUCUUGAAUGGAUUGCUACCACUGACAUGACGGACAAUUAUGGUAUUGGUUGGCUGAUUGAGAAGCUGUGGCAUAUUAUUUUUGGGAUGCCUGCUGUCUACUGUGCAACCGAGGAACAGUGUCGCUGCGAUUUGUAUGGCUGGUGUGGUCCGAAUCCAUCGACUUUCAAUCAGGUUCUAACACCCAUCCAUUGA